UGGGCAGCCAUUGAAAUUAUACGGAACCAGAAGCAAAUUGCCAACAUUGACCGUAUCACAAAGGUCAAACCCCAGUUAGAAAAUGUGACCUCUGACCUCUUGUGACAUGUUUGGCAUUGAAAUUUCUGAGUUCUCCUGGAGUUCUUCCUGUCGCUACAGAUAUACAUAAACCCAAACUGUAUAUGUCUCGAGUCCACGGUAUGCAUCCAAAAGAGACCACCCGUCAGCUGAGCUUAGCUGUGAAAGAUGGUCUUAUUGUUGAAACUCUAACAGUGGGCUGCAAAGGUUCAAAAGCUGGUAUUGAACAAGAAGGCUAUUGGUUGCCAGGAGAUGAAAUUGCCUACAGUAUGCAGCCUUUCUCCAGGACAGCAGCCCCAAACAAGGACUGGGAAACAGAAAAUCAUGACUGGUAUUGUUUUGAAUGCCAUUUGCCUGGAGAGGUGUUGAUAUGUGACCUGUGUUUUCGUGUGUAUCAUUCCAAGUGUUUGUCUGAUGAGUUCAGGCUUAGAGACAGCAGUAGUCCCUGGCAGUGCCCAGUUUGCAGGAGCAUUAAGAAGAAGAAUACAAAUAAACAGGAGAUGGGCACAUACUUAAGAUUCAUUGUCUCCCGCAUGAAGGAGAGGGCUAUAGAUCUUAAUAAAAAGGGGAAGGACAAUAAACAUCCGAUGUACAGGAGGCUGGUACAUUCGGCUGUGGACGUUCCCACCAUACAAGAGAAAGUGAAUGAAGGGAAAUACCGAAGUUAUGAAGAGUUCAAAGCUGAUGCUCAACUGCUUCUCCACAACACAGUGAUUUUCUACGGAGCAGACAGUGAGCAAGCUGACAUUGCAAGGAUGCUAUAUAAGGACACAUGUCAUGAGCUGGAUGAACUACAGCUUUGCAAGAAUUGCUUCUAUUUGUCAAAUGCUCGUCCUGACAAUUGGUUCUGCUAUCCUUGUAUACCUAAUCAUGAGCUGGUUUGGGCGAAAAUGAAAGGUUUUGGGUUUUGGCCCGCCAAAGUCAUGCAGAAAGAGGACAAUCAAGUUGACGUUCGCUUCUUUGGCCACCACCACCAGAGGGCCUGGAUUCCUUCUGAAAACAUUCAGGACAUCACAGUCAACAUUCAUCGGCUGCAUGUUAAGCGCAGCAUGGGCUGGAAAAAGGCCUGUGAUGAGCUGGAGUUGCAUCAGCGUUUCCUGCGUGAAGGAAGGUUUUGGAAGUCUAAGAACGAGGACCGAGGUGAGGAAGAGGCAGAAUCCAGUAUCUCCUCUACCAGUAAUGAGCAGCUGAAGGUCACUCAAGAGCCAAGAGCAAAGAAAGGACGACGUAAUCAAAGUGUGGAGCCCAAAAAGGAAGAACCAGAACCUGAAACUGAAGCGGUAAGUUCUAGCCAGGAAAUCCCCACAAUGCCUCAACCGAUUGAAAAAGUCUCAGUGUCAACUCAGACCAAGAAGUUAAGUGCCUCUUCGCCAAGAAUGCUGCAUCGGAGCACCCAGACCGCCAACGAUGGCGUGUGUCAGAGCCUGUGCCAUGACAAAUACACCAAAAUCUUCAAUGACUUCAAAGACCGGAUGAAGUCGGACCACAAGCGAGAGACUGAGAGAGUCGUCCGAGAAGCUCUGGAAAAGCUGCGUUCUGAAAUGGAAGAAGAAAAGAGACAAGCUGUAAAUAAAGCUGUAGCCAACAUGCAGGGUGAGAUGGACAGGAAAUGUAAGCAAGUAAAGGAAAAAUGUAAGGAGGAAUUUGUUGAAGAAAUCAAGAAGCUGGCAACACAGCACAAGCAACUGAUUUCUCAGACCAAGAAGAAGCAGUGGGUAAAUAGCAUUUUUUUUAAGAAUCUUAUUUCUGAAAAUGUACACUGGCAUGAUAUAAAUCAGCUUAGGAAGUAUCUGUGGCAUUGCAAAAGUUGUUCCUGAAAUAAGACCAACUGUGAAAUUGUCAGCUUUAGUUAAUUUUUAAAAUUUUAAUAAAAGUAUUAUAAUCUCUC